UGUCGAUAAUUCCUUAGGGGAUAUUUAAGAAAGAGAAUAUAACAUAAGACAAUCGGAAAUCAAUUAAGCUACCCGAAAUCUCGCCAUUGAUCGACUAAAACUUGGUCCACUUACUAAUUAACUUUCCGACGACAUGAAAUAUUAAUGAGGUUACCUUUGAUUACAUUUGCGCAUAAAAUUUCGGAUAAAAGAAAAUCUAUUCUUUAGUAGUGAUAAAAUAACCGUGGAAACAUGACUUAAUCUGUGAUUUAUUACCAUACCGUUAUCUUCUUCUAUUUACUUUUUUUCACAUUAGUUAGUUACAAUUCGGAUUUCACUUAAGACAUAUUGAAAAUGAAAACCGUUGUUAGUAUUUUGAAUAUUUUUUCAUGUAUGACUCUUGUGUGUUUGACAAGCGCUAGCACGGAUCUUCAGAUUUACGAAUUUACGCGUAACGUUACUCUGUCGUUUCCUGGGCAACGUUUAGUUGGACAUGUUUUUGACGAAUUUUCAACAAAAAAGCAGGUGAUUCAUUGUGCAUAUGAGUGCUUAAAGUCAACUCGCUGUAAGUCGUUCAACUACGAGCAUGAUCUCCUCGUGUGCCAGCUAAACGAUGGUGAUCAUUUUGAAUUCAGCCAGAGUUUGGUGCCGGAGGGAAAUAGUACGGGAAUCGGGUAUCACCAUCGUGAUGCUUUUUCUAUAGAAAAGGAAGCACUUGGCCCAUGCGCAACGGACCCGUGUGAAAAUGGCGGCCGUUGCUUAGAUACGGUAAACUCGAAAAUGGAACGCACAUAUUAUUGUAUAUGUACGGAGGAGUGGAUGGGACAAGAUUGUGAGACGCCAAUGAAUAGUAUCGAAUGGGGCGAUUGGGAAGACUGGGGUCCGUGCUCUGUCACGUGCGAGACUGGAUGGACAACCCGUCGCCGACGUUGCAUGGACGUUGAAACCGGCGAAACAAAAUCGUCGUCACAUUGCUAUGGUCGGGAUGUAGAAUAUCAGUCAUGUACACUGCAAUCUUGUCCACGCUGGCUUGGUUGGUCUGAAUGGGGUCCGUGCAGCACAGCCAACACGUGCGGUCAAGGCACUAUGCAGAGGUACCGGAACUGUUCGAACGGGGGCGUCCCUGGUAGAGACAGAUUCUGCCUUGGCUUCACAACAGAAACAGCUCCGUGUAAAGGAAUCAACUGCAGAGGAAUGUUGACGAUCAACAACACACUGAAGCACGGUGAUGGCCGGAUACAAAUCUCAAAUGACCUUGACGCCUAUGGAAUGUCAAUUUGCGCAGACGAUAACUGGAACUUUACCGAAAUUGAUGUCGCAUGUAAACAGAUAGGGUUCCAAGGGGCGUAUAAAGAUGCUGUAAACAACAAUUACGACAUCUCAUCGUCAACUUACGGCAGUCCUAUUUAUAAACUUCACUGUGAGGGCGGAGAGAAAACCAUUCAACAGUGCCCUCGUGAGCACGUGCUUCAAUGUAGCAGACUUGCUGGUAUUCAAUGUAGAGUUCGAGGGGGCUGGAGUUUAUGGAGCGGAUGGGGCGAGUGUUCUGUCACGUGUGAAAAUGGAACGCGUACACGGACACGUGAUUGUAAUCACCCGCCACCAAAUUACGGCGGAACAGAAUGCCCAGGCGAAGAUACCGAGUUUAAGCCUUGUACCAAAGUCAUGUGUCCAAUCGAUGGAGUUUGGGCCACGUGGUCACCAUGGAGCGAAUGUGACGUCACUUGUGAAAAUGGUACCCGGUUUAGAACACGGAAUUUCACUGGCCCAUUUUACAACGGCGCUGAAUGUCCAGGAGAAAGCAAAGAUGUAGAGGCUUGCUUCCCAAAAAUGUGCCCAGUGAAUGGAAUUUGGAACGAAUGGGUUGCAUGGACAGAAUGCUCACAUACAUGUGGCUAUGGCAACAGAAACAGAUCUAGAACCUGUCACGGUCCGUUCCAUGCCGGGUUAGACUGUCAAGGUAGUGCAGACGAAAGAGAGGCGUGUAACGCCUUUUCCUGUCCAGUGGAUGGUGAUUGGAAGAUGUGGACUAACUGGGGAAAUUGCAGCGAACCGUGCGGCGGUGGUCUGCGUAACCGGACGCGAGAGUGUGUCGAACCAGAGUUUGGAGGAGCUAUGUGUGUCGGUCCAGCCGAGCAAGCCGAGGCAUGCAACCAGCACGAAUGCCCAAUCGAUGGCAUCUUUUCGGAAUGGGAAAAAUGGAGCGAAUGUUCAGUCACGUGUGCAAAUGGAACCCGGUUUCGUAACCGGGAGUGCUUUGGUCCAUAUUUUGGUGGAGCUAACUGCACGGGACCAUUGCAGGAGAAGGAAGUGUGCGUUACAGCCGAAUGUCCAG